AUGAGGUUCCUCUUAGUGGCCGUGGGAUUGGUUUCCCUAGGUCGCGCGCAACUUCUUGGAAUCCCGACUGUGCCAUUCAACAUCACCUCUGACAAGACAUUUGAUUUGAGAAAUCUCCACACCAUCAUCGUUGACCUCUCGCAUUCUUCUACUCGUGACCAAGAUGGCCUUACCUUGAUUCCUCCUUCGCUGUGGGAGUUUGCAGAGACUUUCCAAGGUGAUCUUGCCGGCAUCGGAGUCAAUACAGUGGUGCUUCCGGGCAUCAAGGCCAUUUCAAAUGCAAUCUACCUUACACUUGAUAAUGACAAGUCGCAAUUCGUCAAUGCCGCGGGAAACAAGACUUCAGAAGGUUACCGUCUCUCCGUGACUUCUUCGGGAAUCACCAUCAGCGGCGCGAGUCCUCUUGGAGCAUGGUGGGGAACGCGAACAGUCCUGCAGCAGGCGUUGAUCAACGAUAAGAAGCUGAAGAUUGGAACGGGAGUUGAUUCUCCAGGAUGGUCCGAGAGGGGCAUGAUGUUGGACGUUGGCCGUCAUUAUUACCCAGCAGAUUUUCUCGGAGAGCUGUGCUCUUAUUUGUCAUUCUUCAAGCAAAAUGUUUUCCAUCUUCAUCUCAGCGACCAUGUCUGGGAUCCCGCCAAGCUCGGUAGCCAUGAACUUGCUCUCGAGCUCUACGCAGGUUUCCGUAUCGCCUCCACAGAUCCAGCAGUUGCCGGUCUCGCACGUCCAACAAACGAAACAUACAGCCCUUCUGUAUUCGAUAACUUGCAGCAAAAAUGCGCAAGCCGUGGCGUAACUAUCUUGCCCGAGUUUGAGUCGCCAGGACACUCGAUGGCAACCACAGAUUGGAGGCCCGAAAUUGCACUGUCUGACUUUAGUAUGCUGAAUCUGAGCCAUCCGGAGACGCUCCCAACGCACUGGCAGAUUGGCCAGGAUAACGGACUAUUCGACUUUAUCGACAACGGCUACACCAUUGUUAACAGCGACGAUUACUUUUACCUGGAUCUCAAAUAUUCAGAUGGCAACCAAUAUCCUAAAGAGCUCGACAUCCAGCGCGUCUUCCACGGAUCUCCCGACGGCAGUGCAUUCGCGCCCAACAUUCUCGACGCCGCCAACGCAACCAACAACCCUCCUCGAGACAGCCCCAACGUGCUGGGACAUUUGGCUGUUGUGUGGAAUGACUGGGGUCCAAAUGCCAGCACUUACCACGAGGCUUACUACAUGAUUCGCAAUGGUUUGCCAGCUCUAGCUGACAAGCAAUGGGGCGGCUCACUACGAGAAGAGGACUAUGCUGGUCUAUUUGCCACUCUCCAGCCUGCAGUGCCGGAUCAGAACCUCGACCAGCGGAUUCCCUCCAAGGGCCCAACGAUUCUGUCUUACGCCUUUGGCAGCAACAUUGUAUCGACUCUAACCGCCUCUGUCCGAGAUAGUUCCGGGAAUGGCUAUCACGGCAGCCUCGAAAACGGCGCCUAUGUGAGCGGCGGCGCUCUCCAACUCAACGGACGCAGCGCCUACCUCAAGACCCCUCUAACAAGCAAGGGACGCAACUACACGCUUUCGUUUUCUGUGCUUCCGAAAUCCCAUGGCGGAGCGCUCUUCUCAGGCCCAGACAGCAGCUUACUCAACGGCAACGGCACGUCAACCAACCUCAUGCUCGUCGCCGACAACAUUGCAUAUCCAGUCAAUCUGACGCUGCCUCUGAACAGAUGGAGCGACGUCAAAGUCGAGGCAAUCGGGCCUCAGACAUUCAUCUCGCUGGGCACUCAACGCCAAGAAGUGACUAUCUUGAUGGGCAUCUGGGGAGGAUACAUGGAGGAGGGACCGAUGGCGAUUGAGGCGCCACUUGCGGCGAUUGGAAAGGGAAUCAACGGGCAGAUGAAGAAUAUCAAGCUGUCUAGUGACGUAUUAUGA